AUGUUAGAUAUUUAUCUUACUCUCGCCAUUCCUGCAAUCAGCUUGGUAAUCUUCACAUCUGCAUUGCUGAUUGGUGCUGUAAUCAAGAAAAAUUUAGUGGAUAAAUCAAUUAAUAUUCUGUUCUCAUUUGGUGUCAUAUGGGCUGUAAUUGUAACCAUUUCGAUUGUAAUCAACGCUGUAAAACAAAUGAGUAAACCAAAUGAAGUUGAUGAGGCAUUGAAAAAAGCAUUACAAGUUGGUUAUCGUCAUCUGGAUUGUGCUCAUGAAUGUGAGAAAGGAAGUGAAGUAGAUGAAGUAUUGGAAGAAUCAAUGGGAUUGUUGAAUUUAACGAUAAAUGAUGUAUUUAUUACCUCGAAGGUUCGUGAAAUGAUAAGCGACUCGAAGAAAACUUUGAUUCAGUCAUUGUCAUCGAAAUCAUGGCCUAGUGAAGAAGAGAAAAGUAGAGUUCUUCAAUCGGUUUGUCUCAUUUCGAUAAAUUAUUUAUGCAUUAAAUCAAUACAUUAUGUAGGCAGAGAACAUUGGAUUGUUAACAACGUACCUAGAUGCUUACCUUCAUCAAUUCAUCGAAUCACCGGAGUUUCAAAUUGA